GAGGGCGACAUCUGCGGCAUUAUCGAGGCCGACGGCCUGGCUCUUGAGGAGCUGCCACCCCUAAGUCGAGGAAGCCGUUCUUGGCGGUUGUCUGCUUUGGAGAUCCGUCCUCCUCAGCCUCCCUGUCAGGAAGAUGAGGAUGGUGAUUUGGAGAUGCCAAGAGCAGCAGCUCCUGAGUACGCUGACACAGGUCUCAUCGGCUGGCGCAUUGAGUUGGAGCGGCUGGCGUCCUCUCAGCUAGAGCAGGUCGGCUUGCAGCUCUGGGCCGGUGCUCUGGUCCUUAGCGACCUCCUCCUCGCCCGACCGGAGCUGGUGCGCGGCAGGCCGGUGUGCGAGCUGGGGGCGGGCUUGGGACUCUGCUCGUUGCUCGCCUUUCGCCUCGGCGCCCGGGUGCUCUGCACCGACGGCAGUGAGGAGGCUGUGACGAACUGCAAGGCAAACCUCCAAAGGAACGGUGCCAGCGAGGUGCCUGUGGAGGUGCUGCGCUGGGAGGCGCCACCUAGCCCAAAGGAGUGCCCUGCAGGCGAUGUGUGGGCCGCAGAGGUCCUCCUGGCCGCUGAUGUCAUUUAUGAUGCUGCAGCUGCUCAGUCGUUUGCCCAACUUGUGGCCAAACUGCUGAAGACAAACGCCACUGCGCUGUACAUGUCCUUGGAGAAGCGCGUGUAUUUUUCAGCCACAACGCUGAAGUCCGAGGUAUCCGUUUAUCCCCAGUUUCUGGAUGACUGUGCAUUGCUUGGCCUGGAGGUGGCCAAGAUCGACUUAUCGGAAAUUCCUGUUCAUUUCAAGUACCUCCGUUCGCGCUUUUAUGAGCUCGUAGCCAUCACAGCAAAAAG